AUGCCACCUCCAGAGCUUAAAGCUGAUGGCACUGUCCGCUUCCCAUGGGCUGCAAGAUUGGGUCCCCAAUCACGCAAUCUGUAUCGGGCAGCUUCACCUACCUACCGACUCGAUGAGGGUUCAUUCAAAAUUCCAGAAGUUUCAACUCUUCCGGUAUGGGUGACUUUGAAGGACAUUCCCGAUUGCUGCUACUCUAGAUUGGGUAUUAGUCAUGUUGCCUCUGGUCUCGGUGAGCCCAUCUUAACACAUAAACCUCGUCUAGAUCCUACCAACAUGGGUGAAGCCAAAGUAUUGGUGGAAAUGGAAUUGGAUAAGGACUUUCCAAAGCUUAUAACUCUUGAUGAUAAACAAGGCAAUAUUUUUCUGGUUCAGGUUGACUAUACUUGGAUCCCUACUACAUGUGAGAGGUGUGGGUGUUUAGGCCACAAAGAGAAGAGGUGCCUUCAGCCUCCCAAAGUUCCAGAAAAUUCUACCUUGCCGUCAAAUUCAGUGGCUAUUAGUGCGGAUGUACCUGUUGUGGAUAUUGACAUUAUUAUUCAUCAAAAUGAGAAUGAUGCCCCAUCUACUUCAACAUUUCAACAAAAAGAGCUCAAUGACCAAGAAACCACCACUUCUAAAGUUGCUCCAAGCUCAGGUUCGGAUUUUGUUACUGAUCAUGAACCACUGUUUGUUUCCUCAGAUGUUUCUACGGAAAGCCAAGUUGCACCUGCCGCAUCGCCAAGCUUGAUCACUUCUACCGCCAUCUUAGCAGAUGUUCUAUCUGCUCAUGCUGCCACUACAACACCCAUUAUGGAAACUGUUCCAUCAAACAAUAUCAUCAAGGAGGUCCAAAAAACCUCUGUUGUUGACCCCGUAACCACAACACCUAACGCUAAUACAUUCGAGAGUCCUUCUUGUUUCUCUGUGCUAGGUGACGUGGAUGAAGCUGAGAUAGAGCCAAUGGGCUCUCUCAGCUUGACAAGAGGUGGGAGAGAGACAAAACCUCCCAUCAAAUACCAAGAUUUGGAAUGGAAGACAUUACAAGGGAGAGGAAAACAUGGUCCGCGUGGCCGUGGAUCCAAACGCUAG